CUUGGCUGUGCUUGGUACCCACGUGGGUAGUGACCUGCGGAGGGGCCGCGGAGGUGACAGAUUUCUUUGGUGAAGGAUGGCUCUGUGUAUGUGUCAGAGGGGCGCUAGAUGUCUGCUGUCAGCUCUGCGUAAUUCUGUGGCCACAACCCCUCGGCAGCUGAAGAGCGAUGAUCCUUUCUCCUCACAUCGGUUUUCCCGUCAGUUUUUUAUGAUACAAAACACAGUGUGGAAAAGCAUUUUUCAGUCAAGAGCAGCCAGUACACAAUCCAGCCCUGAGAAUGGUGUAAAGGUCUCCCACCCAGCGAGCAAUCUGCCUUCCAUCAGCCAAAGUCAACUCGAGACCAUUGUAAUAUCCAGAGUGGAAAUGGAUCUCCUCCCAGAAGCGCUGGAAGAUGUUCCUCCUAUUUCUCCACUGGACGUGCUCACGGAUGAGGAAGCUGCUCUGCUAACACCACCACCUCCAAUCCCGCCAGAGUCUUUUACCCUUCAACACUAUGUGACUAGUUCAGAAACUCUGCAGAAACUUGUCAUGCUCGGUGUGGAUUUGUCUAAGCUAGAAAAUCGGCCAUAUGUGGGAACGUUCCUCCUGAAGUUAGACUUUGAAAGGGAUAUCAGCAAAAUUCUCUUUUUCCUAAAGGAUGUGGGUGUAGAAGACAGUCAGCUGGGACCUCUCCUGACCAAGAAUCCAUUCAUCCUCAGUCAGGAUCUGGACAAUCUGCACAAAAGGGUGGCUUACCUGAGCUCUAAAAAAUUCAGCAGGCAUGCGAUCGCAAGAAUGAUCUCCCGCGCCCCCUAUUUACUCAACUUUUCUGUGGAAAGACUGGAUAACCGCCUGGGCUUCUUUCAGAAAGAGCUGGGACUCAGUGGCGAGAGGACUCGGGAAUUGGUAACACGUCUUCCGAGGAUUAUAACCGGCAGCCUUGAACCUAUAAAAGACAAUCUGAAGGUAUUUGAAAUCGAAUUUGGAUUUCGUAAAAAUGAAAUACAGCACAUUGCCCUGAGGGUUCCUAAGAUGUUAGGGGGUAACAAGAGGAAACUUACCGAAACCUUUGAUUAUGUGCACAAUACGAUGGGGAUCUCUCACCACCUUAUCACCCAUUUCCCACAGGUUUUUAACACCAGCCUCUUGAAACUUAAGGAAAGACACGAAUUCCUGACAUUUCUAGGAAGAGCAAUCUAUGACCCGACCCAACCCAACUAUGUCUCCUUAGAUAAGCUGGUGUCCAUGUCUGAUCAGACCUUCUGUGAAGAAAUUGCCAAGACUUCCAUACAGGACUUUGAACUAUUCCAAAAAAACAUGUGAAGAAGUCACCGAACAUGCAGUGUUACUGUGAUUAUAUGGCUUUUAUAUGUUUGUAUGAUUUAUAAAGGAC